UCCCUUUAAAAUAGUUUUAUGCGCCACGCCCACAUUAUGAUUCCCGCUCAGCUGUUACUGUGGGUCGUCUUCAGUUUCCACAUGGAUCCAUUCACGGAUCUGCGGGCUUGAGCGUUUGGGAAGUCGCCGUGGGAGACUCGCCACUCCACGCGUCGCUCGGAUCCGUCACCUCGUCUGUGAAGACGGAUGAAGAAGUGAUUUGAUCUCAGCUCAGGCGACACAGAGAUGAAGCUCGGUAUCGCGGCCUCUUUGAGCGCCUUCACCAUCUGGCGUGGGUUCUUGUGAAGUCUGGGAAGUCCUACGGUGGGUUUUUUUUUAAGCGUCCCAGCUUUUAAUAUGAUCAGUGAGACGGGGGAUGCGAGUCAUGAGCUGGACCCGUUGUCGCGGACUGGACUGGAGCCACAGCCUCCUCUGUCUGACUUUACUCCUGUGGACCAGAAGCAUGAGUGGACUGGCUGACUUCUCAGACUACCUGUCCAGGAUCAUUACCAGCCACUCUGCCCACGCGUGUGAUGGGCAACCUCUGCGGCUCCACUGUCCACGCCACUCCACCAUCUCCAUCCAGUCUGCCUUCUACGGGAGCAGCGAGAUGCAGCUUUGCGGAGUAGCUCCACACCCUCCACUCGGGGCACACAAUCACAGCUGCUCAGCUUUCACAGCCCUACAGAAGCUUUUGUCGGAGUGUCAGAGCCACAGAGACUGCCAGAUGCCUGUCAAUCACCUGCUAUUUGGGAAGGACCCCUGCCCCGGCACUACCAAAUACCUCCAUGUGGACUACAAGUGUAAACCUACUGAACACAAAAGACAUGUGGUGUGUGAAGGAGAAACCAUGGUCCUGCGCUGUAAGCCCCCCAGGGCACUGAACAUCUAUGCAGCUGUCUACGGGCGAAGGCUGGGUCACACCGACACCUGCCCCUCACACCUGACAAGACCACCCCCGUUUGAGUGUCUGAACCAUGAGGCCGUACACUUGGUCUCCAAGUCCUGCUACAGCAAACAGAAGUGUGCUGUUCCCGUCAGCAACCAGACCUUUAGGGACCCAUGCUUUCCAGGAACCAGGAAGUACCUCAGUGUGAUCUAUUCUUGUGUACCGCAGAGUUUACUAAGGGUGGCAGACCCCAACAUAGUAAGCCUCACCUCAUCUCCUAGCGUGGGCACAGAAAAAGAUCUGGAGGAGCCCUUUCCUAAAGGCUCAAGAAGGCCUGACAACUCAGGAGCGAUGAUGAGCAACUCUCUCCUGACAUAUGCUUACAUCAAAGAGCAUCCUGAAAUGGCAGCUCUGCUGUUUACCUCCAGCGUGUGCGUUGGUCUCCUGCUCACCCUGCUGGCUGUAUCUGUUCGAGUGACCUGCAGGGCACGCUGGGUCAGAGAUCACAGACUUGCACCCAAGCCGGGAAGCCCUACUGUUAAGUAUCAGAAAGAUGACGAGGAUGAGGAUGACACAGAUGAAGAAGAAGAUGACCACGAGGGAACGGGAAGAUCUUUGCUCUCAGCCACGGAAAGGAAGGCGAUAUACGGUUGGGAGGAAGUGACUUAUGUGAGCGAAGCGGCCGAGCGGGCGGAGAGGAUUGAGCGCAGAGAGAUGAUCAUGCAGGAGAUCUGGAUGAACGCCUAUCUGAAUGGCAGCUCGUGUUAAAUAACUCAUGACCUGUGGAUGCUACUCAGCAUCUGGUGUUUUUUUCCCAUCAGGUAUACUGAUCACCACCGCAAGAAGCUCCUUUUUUAACAUUGCAGUUUGUUGUGUUUUGCCAUUUUUGCGAACAAUAUGCGAAGAAAAAGUUUUCAAAAGUUUCCAUGAUCAACAAAGUUUUAUGUCUUUUGUAUUUAUACAGACUCACCACUAAAUAUAGCUUUAACAUUUCAGGCUGAAACAUUAUUUAUAAAAAAAAAAACAACCCCAGCAAACAAACAAACAAAAAAGCAUUCACCAACAACUUUAUCAGGUUCACAGGCUAGUACCAGGUUGGUCCCCUUUUUGCAUUUAAAACGUCAUUAAUUCUUCAGCACAGAUGCUGACAUUUUGAUCCAUAUUUGGUUCAUAUUGACAUGAUAGCAUCACACAGUCACUACAGAUUUGUCAGCUCCAUAUCCAUGUGGAAUCUUCGUUCCACGACAUCUAUUGGACUAAUAUCCCGUGACUAGGGAGGUCAUUUGAGUGCUGUAAACUCACUGUCAAGUUCAAGAUCCAGUGUGAGAUGACUUGAGCUUUGUGGCACGGCUCGUUAAGCAGCCAUGGGAAGAUGGGUACACUGUGGUCAUACAGGGACGGACAUGGUCAGCUACAAUAUUUGCACCAGCCGUGCCAAGGAAAUAUUCCUCACAUCAUUACACCAUCACUGUUAAUACAAUGCAUGAUGGAUUUAUACUUUAAAGAUGUUUACACCAAAUUCUCACCUUCAAUCCAAACGUCACAGCUGACCGUGAUUUUACAGUCUUUACAGUCCAAUUUCGGUGACCCUGUGUGAAUUGUAACCUCAGUUUCGUGCUCGUAGCUGACAGGAGCAGCAGUGUGGCCCUCUCCUUCAAAGAUGCUUAUUUGAGCUACUGUUUCCUAUCAGCUGGAAGAAGUCUGGCUAUUCAUUACUUGCUGUCAUGUGAGUGACUGAUUAGAUAUUUGCAUCUCUUGAACAGGUGUAGCUAAUUAAGCGGCCAGAGGGUGUAUUACUGCACUAAUUCCUGAUCAAGCAGUCUCAUAGCGGCUGUGUUUGUGAUAUAAACCGAAGAACAUGUCAGGGAACAGAUCCUGUAAUCUAAAGAGAUCACUAAACUAAGAAAUACAAAUGCAUGUAAAGACCAUUUGAUGUAUUACAAAAACAAGAAUCAGGAGGAGGGGGAUAACAUUCCAAGGAAAAAUAACUAAUGUUCAAGUGUAAGGUAUUCCCUGAGACUAGUGAUAAUUUUAUGACAGAUAUUUCCUUAUCGCCUCCUAUUAGAUAUUCUUUGAUUGGAUCAUCCACUGCGGACUUAAUACAAAGCAAGUGACAGCACCUUUGGUGAUGAGGUUUAUAUAAUCUUCUAGAGUAAAGCUUUGACCAAUCAAAAAAGAAAAAACUUUAAGAGAAUUUCAGACUUUUUGGAGGCAUUUUGUGAAACUUGAUAGAACUCUCUGGAUAACUGCUUCGUCUCCGUCAAAAGUUCAAGGGGAUGACAACUCAGUCUGAACUCUACACCUUUCUCAGUCCUGCUGGGAUGACCUGAACUGUGUGGAAACUUCCUGACUGCGAGCAACUUUCACAGGCGUUUGUUU